AUGGCGAGCGCAGCUCCUGCUGAAAACGUGGACCGUGAGUUGACCUGCACCAUCUGCCUUGAUACGUUUGACUGCCCCUCCACGCUCAGCUGCGGCCACUCGUUCUGCCUCCAGUGCCUGGAGGACGCCUGGAAGGAGGCAGACUUCUACUGCUGCCCGCAGUGCCGCAAGACCUUCCCUCGACGACCCCAGCUGACCAGGAACGUGACGCUCGCCAACCUCAUAGAGCAGCUGCGAGUGACUGAGACCAUGGCUGCUGUUUCUGCUGCUCCUGCUGGUGUUGUUUUUUGUGAAAACUGCCCAGAAGGCAAGACGCCUGCAGUGAAGACCUGCCUCAAGUGCGACACAUCCUUCUGCACGGAGCACCUCGCGCCUCACCUGGAGAAUAAAAAGUUUAAUGACCACGUCUUGGUUUCACCAAAUGUAAACCCUGAAGUCCGCAAGUGCAAGAGGCACAAAGAGGAGCUCAAGUUCUUCUGCAAGCAAGACCUCAGCCUCGUAUGCAGGGACUGCAUCAUCACAGGAGACCACACGGGUCAUAAGUUAAUCACACUGGAGGAUGAGCAUCAGACACGGAAGAGUGGCGUCGGAGAAGAAACGCGAGCGGUGGAGGAGCAGAGGAGGAAGGCGGAGGCGUCCGUGGGACGGAUGGAGGCCACUCGCAAGGUCGUGCAGAAUUCCAUGGUCCAGACCAAGGCUCGCAUCUCAGGCGAGUUCACCCGCAUGAGGGCGAUGCUGGAUGAGGACGAGAGGGCAGCUCUGGACUGCGUGGACUUGAAGGGGCGUGAGCUGCUGUCCCAGAUCGAGGAGAACAUCGCUCAUUACCAGCGCGAGAUCAGUGACCUCAUGGCAGCAGCCACGCGCCUGCGCGCUCUACAAGAGGAGAGGGACUCGCUCACGUUCCUGCAGGUUCACCUGAAAGAGACAAACCGGAGAUACGCUCAGAAGGGAUCUCUACCCUCAUCUCCCAGUGAAAAAGAUAUCGCCUCGAUCAUCACCCUGCAGGGAGCUGUGGUCAACCUGCUGGCAUUCAUGUAUGGACGCUCAUCGAGUCUGGACCAAAACUCGGCCCACAACAAACUCCAGAUUUCCUCGGAUCUCAGGACGGUUACGCGGACCGCUGUCUCCCAGGGUCGCCCUGAUCACCCACACCGCUUUGAUCACUGGCCACAAGCCCUGAGCUCCGAGAGCUUGUCGUCGGGUCAACACUACUGGGAGGUGGACGUGGGGGGUGCGGCGGGGGGCUGUGUGGUUGGAGUCGCGUAUAGGACAAUCGCACGCAAAGGGAGUGGUAAAGAAUGCAGCCUGGGACAGAACGACUCAUCCUGGAUGUUAUAUAAAGAUAACAACAGCUGCUCAGUUUGGCAUGGUGGUGUAAAGAGCUCAGUUGCGGUGAGGGAUCCUCCCCGGAGAGUCGGGUGUCACCUGCACUGUGAGGCGGGAUUGCUGUCGUUUUACCGCGCUGACUCAAUGGAGCUGUUGCACUCCAUUCACCACUCGUUUAGUCAACCGCUCUACCCCGCACUGAGUGUGUGGGGUGAUGGUGACUCAGUGAGGAUUCUGGAUCUGAGUCGUGCGUCCUUAGAGCACAGAGCGUGAGCAGCGCAGAGAAACGGGCACAACGCACAGACUCAUGCACACAAAGACACAGAUCCACCAUGAAGCCAUGAAGCCUUAACAGACUGUUGGGGCAAGUGCUGGUAAGCGAACACCUAUAAAGGCCGGCACGGCACUCGAAGGGGACGAUCGCCAACACUACGCCUGGCCGCCUUUGUCUCCCCAGUGGUGACGUUUACACACUGCACCAGGAACUCAUUUGAGGCUGAGUCGACGUUGAGAAGAAUAAGGUUGGCCUGUGUUGUGCCCAGUGUAAGAAAUUAAAGAAGAAGUACCCUCUACAUGGCGUGUCCCGGAAGUCGCUCAUUACAUUUGUGGGAGUGGGUUGGUGUGUGUAUGCCUAUAUAUGUACGUGUCUUUGUUAUUGUGUCUGUGUCUUCGUGUCUGUGUCUUUGUGUCUGUGUCUGUACGUUCAUUGCGUGUGUCUGGGCGUGGUUCUGGCCACCCACCCGCUCGUGUGCCAGUGCCAGCCUUCAUAGUUGCAACUCGCUACUUACAGUACUUGCCCCAACAGUCUGUAAAGGCUACA